GGAAAACAAAAGGGCCAAAGAACAGAACAUAGAAGACCCUUCCUGAAUGAAAAACAAGACAAAUAUAACACGAAAUCCUCCAACUCAAAUGAAAAUUCCAUGUUGAAACUGCUAGAACCUUCCCAUUUUCUCUCUUUUUAAAACAAACUUUAUUUAUUACCACUGACCUCCAGAUCAAACUAUUCAAACUGGUUAAUCCACUGAGGAAAUCAGAGAGUGCAACACAAUACUAUAAGAAAGACCCUUUUAUUGAAUAUUCAAGCAAAUUUUGUGGUGUUGACGAAAAUGUCUUCUGCUCUAUUAUCUCUCUCAGUUUCUCCAACUUUAGUAUACAAGCAUCAAGAAAGGAAAAAGAACAAAGAGAACAACACAUGUCCAUCACAACCUUUGUUAGAAACCAAACUCAGCAAGAGGAAGCUGUUACAAUCAUCUGUUAUUGGAUUAACUCCAACAUGGCUGGGGCUAUCUUUAUCUUCUGCCAAACCAGCAAGUGCUGCAGAACCAGAUAGCCCUGAAUCUUCAACCUCAACUAGGUUAACAUACUCAAAGUUCUUGCAGUACUUGGAUGAAGGUGCUGUGAAGAAAGUUGACCUGUUUGAGAAUGGAACUGUUGCUAUUGCUGAGAUAUACAAUCCAGCAUUGGAGAAAAUCCAAAGGGUCAAGGUUCAGUUACCAGGGUUGCCUCAGGAGUUGCUGAGGAAAUUGGAGGAGAAAAAUGUUGACUUUGCUGCUCACCCUAUGGAUGUAAGUUGGUGGCCUGCAAUAUUUGAUUUCUUGGGAAACUUUGCAUUUCCCUUGAUAUUGCUUGGUAGUCUACUCUUGAGGAGUUCUUCAAAUAAUCCUGCUGGCCCCAACUUGCCUUUUGGACUAGGAAGAAGUAAGGCAAAGUUUGAGAUGGAACCAAACACAGGAGUGACAUUUGAGGAUGUAGCCGGAGUUGAUGAAGCCAAGCAAGAUUUCCAGGAGAUUGUGGAGUUCUUGAAGACACCAGAGAAGUUCUCGGCCGUGGGAGCGAAGAUUCCGAAAGGGGUCCUUUUGGUAGGGCCACCAGGGACAGGGAAGACAUUGCUGGCUAAAGCAAUUGCAGGAGAAGCUGGUGUCCCAUUCUUUUCUCUAUCAGGUUCAGAGUUCAUUGAGAUGUUUGUUGGUGUAGGUGCUUCAAGGGUGAGGGACUUGUUCAACAAGGCAAAAGCGAAUUCGCCGUGUUUGGUGUUCAUUGAUGAGUUAGAUGCUGUAGGGAGGCAGAGAGGUACUGGCAUUGGUGGAGGGAAUGAUGAAAGAGAGCAAACACUGAAUCAAUUACUCACUGAAAUGGACGGAUUCACCGGAAACACUGGUGUUAUUGUCAUUGCUGCCACCAACAGACCUGAGAUUCUUGAUUCUGCAUUGCUUAGACCUGGCAGGUUUGAUAGGCAGGUUAGUGUUGGAUAUCCUGAUAUAAGAGGGAGGGAAGAAAUCUUGAAAGUUCAUAGCAACAACAAGAAGCUUGCUAAGGAUGUCUCUCUUAGUGUCAUUGCCAUGAGAACUCCAGGAUUCAGUGGUGCAGACCUAGCAAACCUCAUGAAUGAAGCUGCUAUUCUAGCCGGUCGCAGGGGAAAAGAAGAGAUCACGAUGAAAGAGAUCGAUGAGUCCAUCGAUAGGAUCGUGGCAGGCAUGGAAGGAACCAAAAUGACUGAUGGCAAGAACAAAAUUCUUGUGGCUUACCAUGAAGUUGGACAUGCUGUUUGCGCGACAUUGACCCCAGGGCAUGAUCCAGUGCAGAAAGUGACUCUAGUACCGAGAGGCCAAGCCCGGGGAUUGACAUGGUUCUUGCCUGGUGAAGAUCCAGAUCUUAUCUCUAAGCAGCAACUGCUUGCAAGAAUAGUUGGAGGCUUAGGAGGUAGAGCAGCAGAGGAAGUUAUAUUUGGUGAAACUGAGAUAACCACUGGUGCUGCUGGGGACUUGCAACAGAUCACCCAAAUAGCAAGACAGAUGGUAACAAGGUAUGGCAUGUCAGAGAUUGGACCAUGGACAUUAACUGAUCCUUCAGCACAAAGUGGUGAUGUUGUGUUAAGGAUGAUGGCAAGGAACUCGAUGUCAGAGAAACUAGCUGAGGACAUUGAUCAGUCAGUGAAGCAGAUCAUAGAGACAGCAUAUGAGAUUGCAAGGAAUCACAUAAGGAACAACAGAGAUGCAAUUGAUAAGUUGGUGGAUGUGCUUCUUGAGAAGGAAACUCUUAGUGGAGAUGAAUUCAGAGCAAUCUUGUCAGAAUACACUGAUAUUUCUUCAAUCAAGACAAAUAGAACACCCAUCAGGGAGCUCAUUGAAGCUUAAUCAUAUAGCUUUGUGUUGUAAGUAAGGACUAGAAUUGUACAGUGUACAUAGUUAUAUAUAGUUAGUUUAUUUUAUAGGGUGCUUGAGUUAAUUUGAUGAAUCACAGGUAGUUUCCUGUUAGU